AACAAAAUUUGGUAAAAAUGUAGAUAAUAUUGCUGUUUUGUUUUUAAUUUGGAGCUUUCCUGACCGUCACAACAUGGAGCAGCUUAUUAAGCUUAAUAAUCAAACGGCUGGAAGAGACAAAAUCGCCAGAUUAUUGCAAUACUUGAGCCGGUUUCUGUGGCAUCGAUUGCAACAACAAAAAAAGGAAGGUGUCACCGGAAUAAAGAAUUUAGAGUAUCAACUUAGUACAUUCAGAAAAUUGUUGAGAUUUGGGAGAAGCAUUGAUGCAAUAUAUGGAACAUUACCGCUUUUCCAACAGGACGACUCUGCAGUUCGUUACACUUUAAUAUUGAGCAAGAUAUGUAAUUCUUUGUUUUUAUUGGCUGAUCAUAUUCUGUGGUUGGGAAGAGCAGAUGUAUGUAAUGUAACGACAGAGAAAUGGAGCCAGAUUUCAAACAAAUAUUGGUUAUAUUCGAUAACUAUGAAUUUGGUUAGAGAUUUUUAUGAAAUAUCUUGUCUACUUAAUGAACAAAAGUCAUCAAUUCUUCCUAAAAAUGGUAUACAUAAUAUUAAUGAUGUCUACUCUGCAGUAUUAAAAAGUUUAAUAGUUAUACACAGCAAUAAGAAUGUCUUGAUUGAUACUAUUAAAAAUGGAUGUGACUUCUUUAUUCCACUGACAGCUUUAGGACAUAUCAAAUUUUCUCCAGGUACCAUUGGUAUUUUAGGGACUAUUUCAUCUUUGGCUGGUUUAUUGGUCUUAUUGGAUCCAAAGAAAAAAUUAACACCAGCCUAAAUUUAUGUAUUAUGUAACUUAGUUUAUUUAUAGGAUUUUUUUACUGUGCAAUAAUUUGUAUUGAUAAGAAAGUACAAACAUUGAUUAUAUUUUUUAUGGGACAGUAAAAAUUUGUAUUUUAUAAUAUAAAUUUUGUUCUCAA